AGAUACAGGAAUGGCGUCUACUGAUCCGAAGAAGGAGCUGGAAUGUUCCGUCUGUCUGAACUUCUAUACAGAUCCUGUAACCCUGAAAUGUGGGCACGACUUCUGCCAGGACUGUAUUGGCCAUGUGUUGGAUACACAGGAGGAGUCUGGAGGUUAUUCCUGUCCUGAAUGCAGAGAAGAGUUCCUGGAGCGGCCUGAACUGCAGAGGAACACAACGCUGAGUAACAAAGUGGAGAAUUUUGUGUCUACUCUGCCAGCUCAGGAGUACUCUGGGAUCUUUACUUACUAUGUUGACACUCCUAUACCUGCUGUGAUAUUGGAUGUGCAGUAUAAAGCUUCUCUGGUUGACAACCAACUGAGACUCAGCAGAAAGUCACCAGAACGCGUCUCAUGUGACCCCACCACUUCCCCGGAGAACAAGAAAUGCUCCGUCCAUAAGAAACUACUGGAGUAUUACUGCAUUGAGGACUCCGCCUUUAUCUGUGCGUCCUGCAGUAUGGCUGAAGAACAUCAAGGACACCAGGUGGAGACUCUGGAUAAGGCCUCUAAGGUGAAGAAGAGACGACUGAGAAAAGUUCUGCAGAAAAUGUUGACGGAGAAAGAGGAGAUAGAGAAAAGGGUCGAGAGUCUGCAGGAACACGGGAGGAAAGUACAAGGGAAAGCAGAUGAUGAAACAAAGAGAGUCACUGUCCUGUUCAGAAACCUCAGGAGACGUCUGGAUGACCUGGAGAAGAGAGUCCAAAGUGAGAUCUCCGGACAGGCAGAGAGGGUCUCUCUAUCACUGUCUGAUAUGAUCCAACAUCUGGAAAUAAUGGACGAUGACCUUUCCAGCAAGAUGGCGGACAUUGAGGAGCUGUGUCACUUGACUGAUCCACUGGCUGUCUUGAAGGAUUUAGGCACAGGUGACUUGUGUGAUACUGAGGAUGGAGAUGAUUUGGACAGAGAGAGACAUGAUCUACUCCUCCAUAAUCGUGUGGAUCUGGAUAUGGCGGGGAUAUCUCAGACAUUACACACAGGCUUGUCUGAUAUCAUGUCUUGGGUAAAUGUACAGAAAUAUACUGACACGCAUGUCUAUCCACAUUCUACUGCACAGGACAAAGAUCACAUCAAUGCUAAACCAUUCAGGAAACGGCCCCAACCCUACCCCACCAUACAACGCUCACACUGCCAGGCUGGAGGACAAAAUAUUGGGGCAGCACAGCCAACAUCGGGGGUGUGGAGGGUUACAGACCUAUUACUGGAUGUGGGGACCGCUUGUAAUCUUCUACAUAUAUCAGAUGACCGCAAAACUGUAUCCUGGUCAUCAAAUCAGAAUCGCCCCGAAACGCCAGAGAGAUUUCAUUGGCCUCAGGUGAUGAGCAUUCAGAGUUUCUCCUCGGGGAGAAAUUACUGGGAAGUGGAUGUCGGGGGGUCAUUGUAUUGGAGAGUCGGGAUGUGUUACCCCAGUAUAGACAGGAAAGGAGAUGAGUGUCUGAUUGGAUGUAAUAAGAAGUCCUGGGGUUUGAGGAGAUUUAAUAAUCAGUACUCGGUGAUACAUGAAAGGAAGAAGAUCCGAUUAUCCGGCUCUGUCUCCAGUAACAGAGUCCGGAUAUGUCUGGAUUAUGAGGCCGGGCAGAUCUCCUUUUAUGAAUUGUGUGACCCGGUCCGACAUCUCCACACCUUCACCACCACCUUCACCGAGCCCCUCCAUGCUGGUUUACGGGUAGGGCUAGGUUCCUGUAUAAGGAUAUCUGAGGCAAAUCAAAUGUAAGAGACUGCUGACAUCACAGGGCUGAGAAUCUGAUUGGUGUAGUACUUGGCUGAUAACUGGAAGCAGAGUACAAGAACCAACAUAACUAAUAUAUUGAUAAAGCUGCAGGCUCCGUUAUUUUUCAUCCUAAACCUCACUUCUCUACCAAGUGCGCCACUGACCAGGAACAAGCACUCGGGAGGUCAGUUUGUAGGCUUCAUUGGCUGCAUGCUUGUUCUUGGUGAGUGACACACGAGGUAAUGUGGUCAGGAUUGAGAUUACAACCCUGGAGCCUUCACCUUUUUACAGUGUAUCUGAAGUCCAUUUGUUUCAGGUUUUGGAAGGAGUGGGGAAGGAUUAGAACCACAGUCAGAUUUUUAGUUCUUAGUCCCUGUUCGGUAAAAUGUUGAUAUAGAACAGGAAGUAAGAUGAGUUCUCUUUACUGGAGCCCCAGAUAAAACCCUGACAGGGGUUAUAAUCCUAUUCUCCCUUCCAUCCAAAACGAGAACAUAGAUUUUAUUUAGGCACAUCCUUUUUUAAAUGGGGUUGUAAAGGUUUGUUUUUCAUUUUAAGCUAGUGCAUUGUUGGUUCACUUACUUUUUCCUUCUAUUUU